GUCCCCGGAGUUUGCACACAGCUGAGGAGGUCAGGCAAGAUGGACCCUGUGCCCCCGUGCUGCCACGACGGCAGUUCUGAUGUGUCUAUGAUUACUGGGAUCCAGAAAGAAGAGAAAGAGGCUGUGGAGAAACGCAGCCAGCAGGUGCUGGUGGCUCUGAAGAAGCUGGGCAUCGAGGCCAAUAAGGCCCCGGUGAUAACAGUGCUGUGCUCCGGCGGGGGGCUCCGGGCCCACAUCGCCUGCCUGGGGGUCCUAAGUGAGCUGAAAGAACAGGGCCUGUUGGACGCCGUCACGUACCUGGCAGGGGUCUCAGGCUCCACCUGGGCGAUGACUUCCUUCUACGGUAACGAAGGCGACACCAAGAAAGCCGAGGACGACCUGAAGUGCCGAUUUGAGCAGAAUGACUGGGAUCUGUGUGACAGCCUGGAGAAGGUCUUCCAAUCAGCCACAGGGGACAGUUACUCCCUGACCGACUUCUGGGCCUACAUCGUGGUCACCCGACAUACCCGAGAAUUGCAGGAAUCUGUUCUGUCCAGCAUGAAGCAGCCCGUGGACACAGGGGCACUACCCUACCCAAUAUUUGCGGCCAUUGAUGGUGACCUUCAAGCCUCCUGGAAGGAAAAAAAAACCCAGGAGACCUGGUUUGAGUUCACACCCCACCACAUCGGCUACCCUGCCCUUGGGGCCUACAUCCCUGCCACCCACUUUGGGAGCAGAUUUGAGAACGGGAAACUGGUGGAACUGAAGCCUGAACGAGAUCUUACCUUCCUGAGAGGUUUAUGGGGAAGCGCUCUAGCCAGCCUGGACCUCAUCAAGGGCUUCAUCUGGGGUGAGUGCUGUCAGUGGGGACAGCUGCUGCCCACCCGGCCCACAGCAGAAGAGAGAGCCGCUCAGGGUCAUGCUGGGCGUGCUGCAUGGCCCCCGUGGCCCCAGGAGGAUCACAGCUGGCUGAGAGUUCAGGCGUGCUGCCCUGUGACCGCCGGAGGGCGCUCAGCCUCCUGGUGCCAUGGGCACCGCUGUGCCCCGGUGGCUGUGACGUUCAGCCUGUACCAGUCCAAGUGCCAGGUGGCUGAACUCACGUGCACGGAAUACAAAGGAUACUUAUGUAAACUGAAAAAUCUCCUGGGAAAGAAGCCUCUCCUCAGGGAAGGUGAAAGGGAUGUGGCCAGGAUGAUGCAAGAGGAGCUGGAGACGUGCACUGAGGAGAGCGCCACCCAGUGGCAGGAGGAGCUGUCUGCCUACAGCGAGGAGGGCGCCACCCAGUGGCAGGAGGAGCUGUCUGCCUACAGCGAGGUGAACACGGUGGUGUGGCAGGAGAUGUCCAUGCACAUUGAGGAGGGCGCCACCCAGUGGCAUGAGGAGCUAUCAAUGCUGCGUUUCCGGGGUGGGCAGAGGGUGUCCAGGGGCCCACGGGAGCGUAGGCAGGUGUGUGCGUCUCACGGGAGCCUGGGCAGGUAUGUGGGCCUCAGCCCAGCCCACCCACUCAAGCCCUCUCCAUGUCUCCCUCCAGAUCCAUUCAACGGCCUGAUCAAUUUCCUGAGUAAAACUGGAUGGUGCCUUUUCAGGUGGGAGUGGGGAACCAUGCAUAACUUCCUGUACAGACUCGAUGCUAUACCCUACAAGGCCAUGUGCGACCGGCAGUUCCUGCACCUGGUGGACGCGGGCUUUGCCAUCAACAGCCCCUACCCGCUCGUGCUGCCCCCCGCCCGGGACGCUGACCUCAUCAUCUCCUUCGACUUCAGCUCCGGAGACCCGUUCGAGACCCUCCGAGCCACAGCUGCGUACUGCCAGUACAACAGUGUCCACUUCCCCCCGGUGGACGAGGCCAAGCUGAAGGAGUGGGCCCAAGACCUCCGCAGCUGCUACAUCCUGCGAGGGGACAAGGGGCCGGUCGUGAUGCACAUGCCGCUGUUCAACAUGGACAACUGUGGAACUGAGAUGCAGAACUGUAUCGACACCUACGGCACCAUCAAGCUGUCCGACACCUACAGCCUGGAGCUGAUUACAAAGCUCCUGGAGCUGUCCAAGCAGAACGUCAGGUUAAACAAAGACAACAUCCUCAAGGAGAUGCGAAAGGCGGCCAGUGCCGUGAGCUGCAAGGCGCCGCACGUGGAGGACGGCAGAGGCUACCCAGCCAUGCACAUGUAGCUUGUCAACACAGGCAGGAUGGUCACAGCUCCCACGUAAGCACCAUCCACACCCCCUUCUCCCUGUG